CCUCUGGCCUCCUGACGGAUAGAACAAAACGGACGGACGGGCCAGGCUAUCAUCAUUCAUCCUCUUUCGUCCUUCCCCCAUCAACGCGUAAGCAAGCCAAAGAGGCCGAGCAAGCUGCCUUGUGGAAGGCUCUUGAACGCGACAGGUCACUUCUUCCUGCCGUCGUCUGUAGCAAGCAGCAGUAGAUUCUAAGAAAGUACUCGUGCUCAUCAAGAGUCCGAAAAUUAUUCAUCACCAUGCCGGUCGCUGACCAUCAAAAGGCGGCGCACUUUGUCGGCGGCAACCCGCUCGGCAAGGCGCCAGAGUCGCCCGUCGCCGAGUUCGUGCGCAAGCAUGCCGGGCACAGCGUCAUCACGCGUGUGCUCAUCUGCAACAACGGCAUCGCUGCCGUCAAGGAGAUCCGCUCUAUCCGCAAGUGGGCCUAUGAGACCUUUGGCCAGGAGCGCGCCAUCGAGUUCGUCGUCAUGGCCACGCCUGAGGACCUCAAAGUGAACGCCGAGUACAUCCGCAUGGCUGACCAGUACGUCGAGGUCCCUGGCGGGAGCAACAACAACAAUUACGCCAACGUCGACCUCAUCGUCGACGUCGCCGAGCGUGCCGGCGUCCAUGCCGUCUGGGCUGGCUGGGGCCACGCGUCCGAGAACCCGCGCUUGCCAGAGCAGCUGGCGGCGUCCAAGCAAAAAAUCAUAUUCAUCGGCCCGCCCGGUUCGGCGAUGCGCUCGCUCGGCGACAAGAUCUCAUCGACGAUCGUCGCGCAGCACGCCGACGUACCCUGCAUGCCGUGGUCCGGCACGGGGAUCAAGGACACGAUCAUGUCUGAGGAAGGCUUCCUCACCGUCAGCGAUGAGGUGUACCAGCGCGCGUGUAUUCACUCGGCCGAUGAGGGCCUGGCCCGCGCCGAGACAAUUGGCUACCCAGUCAUGAUCAAGGCGUCCGAGGGCGGCGGCGGCAAGGGCAUCCGCAUGUGCGCCAAGGCGGACGAUUUUAAGCAGCUUUACAAUGCUGUUCUCGGCGAGGUGCCUGGCAGCCCGGUCUUUGUCAUGAAGCUCGCCGGCAAGGCGCGUCACCUCGAGGUGCAGCUGCUCGCGGACCAGUAUGGCAACGCGAUCAGCAUCUUUGGUCGCGACUGCUCCGUCCAGCGCCGGCACCAGAAGAUCAUCGAGGAGGCACCCGUCACCAUCGCGCCGGACCACGCGCGCGAAGAGAUGGAGCGUGCCGCUGUGCGUCUCGCCAAGCUCGUCGGCUACGUCUCCGCCGGCACCGUCGAAUGGCUCUACUCACCCGAGGACGGCAACUUCUCUUUCCUCGAGCUCAACCCGCGUCUCCAGGUCGAGCAUCCGACUACCGAGAUGGUGUCUGGCGUCAACAUCCCUGCCGCCCAACUCCAGGUCGCCAUGGGCAUCCCCUUGUACCGCAUCCGUGACAUCCGUACGCUCUACGGCAUGGACCCCAAGGGUAGCGAGCUGAUUGACUUUGACUUUGAGGACCCCGCCAGCUUCGCCAAGCAGCGCAAGCCACAGCCCAAGGGCCACGUCGUCGCCUGCCGCAUCACCGCCGAGAACCCGGACACCGGCUUCAAGCCGGGUAUGGGCGCGCUCACCGAGCUAAACUUCCGCUCGAGCACCUCCACCUGGGGUUACUUCUCUGUCGCGAGCAGCGGCGCGCUGCACGAGUAUGCCGACAGUCAGUUUGGCCACGUCUUUGCCUACGGCGCCGACCGCAGCGAGGCGCGCAAGCAGAUGGUCAUCUCCCUCAAGGAGCUUUCCAUCCGCGGCGACUUCCGCACCACCGUCGAGUAUCUCAUCAAGCUACUCGAGACCGAUGCAUUCGAGAGCAACAAGAUCACCACCGCCUGGCUCGACGGCCUUAUCCAGAACCGCCUCACUGCCGAGCGCCCGCCCGAGCAGCUCGCCAUUAUCUGCGGCGCAGCCGUCAAGGCGCACCUCCUCUCGACCGAGUGCAUCAACGAGUACAAGAGCAUCCUCAACAAGGGCCAGGUUCCCCCGCGCGGAACGCUGAAAACGGUCUUCUCGAUCGACUUUAUCUACGAGGGUUCCAAGUACAACUUUACCGCCAUGCGGAGCUCCAAGAGCGACUGGACCCUCUAUCUCAACGGUGGCCGCACCCGCGUCUCCCUCCGCCCCUUGACCGACGGUGGCUUGCUCGUCGGCCUCGCCGGCAAGUCCCACCCGGUCUACUGGCGUGAGGAGGUCGGCAUGACGCGCCUCAUGAUCGACAGCAAGACCUGCCUUAUCGAGCAGGAGAACGAUCCGACGCAGAUCCGCUCCCCUAGUCCCGGCAAGCUCGUCCGCUUUCUCGUUGAGAGCGGCGAUCACGUAAAGAGCGGACAGGCCAUCGCAGAGAUCGAGGUCAUGAAGAUGUACUUGCCCCUCGCCGCCGCCGAGGAUGGCGUCGUGUCAUUCGUCAAGUCGCCCGGCGUCACGCUCGCCGCCGGCGACAUUAUUGGUAUCCUCUCCCUUGACGACCCGAGCCGCGUGCAGCACGCCAAGCCCUUCGCCGGCCAGCUCGAUGAUUACGGCCUGCCAGUCAUCGUCGGGAGCAAGCCGCACCAGCGCCUUGAUUACCUCAUCGGCGUCAUCCAUGACAUCCUCGACGGCUAUGACGAGUCGUACAUCAUGCAGCCCGCCGUGCGCGAGCUCGUCAAGCUCCUUCGCGACCCCGAGCUCCCGUACGCCCAGAGCUUCCAGGUACUCUCCACCCUCUCCGGCCGCAUCCCCGGCCGCCUGCAGGACAUGCUGCGCAACACGAUCGACAUGGCGCACAACAAGCAGCAGGAGUUCCCUGCGCAGCGCCUCCGCAAGCUUACAGACAACUUCCUCCGCGACAGCGUUGACGCCACCAUCCGAGGACAGAUGAACACCGUCCUCACACCCCUGCUCGUCAUUUUCGACGGCUUCAGCGGCGGCAUGAGCCUCCACGAGUCCGACGUCCUCGCAGGCUUCCUGCAAAAGUACUGGGAUGUCGAGUCGCUUUUCACGGGCGAGGCGGACGUUGUGCUCAACCUGCGCAUGCAGCACGCUGGCGAGCUCGACAAGGUCGUCGACCUGCAGCUCUCCCACAACGGCGUCAACCGCAAGAACGCACUCGUCCUCACCCUGCUCGAUAAGCACAUCAAGGGCUCUCCGCUCCUCUCAUCGCGCACCUACGUGAAGUUGGCAGAGUCCCUCGCCGCGCUAGCCAGCCUGGCCGGCAAGCUAACCGCGCCCGUCGCACUCAAAGCGCGUGAGGUGUCCAUCUCUGCCAAUCUACCCUCGCUCCGUGACCGCAAGGCACAGCUCGAGUCCAUUCUCAAGGCCUCCGUCACGUCCUCCACGUACGGCGGCAGCAAUGAAUACCACGCGCCUUUGCUGGACGUCCUGCGCGAGGUUAGCGACAGCCAGUUCAGCGUCUAUGACGUCUUGCACUCGUUCUUCAGCGAGAGGGAGCAUCACAUGGCGUUCGCUGCACUUGUCACGUACGUCAUGCGUGCCUACCGCGCGUACGAGGUUGUCGACUUUGACUACUCAGUCGAGGACAUCGAUGCAGAGGAGCGCGCCGUCCUCACGUGGGAGUUCCAGCUGGCCAAGGCCAACGCUCCCGGGCUCGUCAAGAGGAUGGAGAGGCAGGCGUCUGAGGGUGACCUGAAGAUACUCAAGCAGGCCAACGGCUCGACCGAAGGGUCCAGUGCAGAGCUUCGUCGCGGUGUCAUGACCAGCUGCGGCAGCUCCGAGGGCGUGGCCGAUGCUCUCACCAAAGCUCUCCGCAUUCUCGGAACUGCGACCGGCGAGCGCAGAAACGUCAUCAACAUCGCCAUCACCGACGCCACGCAGGUCGACGAGCAGGAUGCCCGUCGUCAAUUUGUCGAAGUCGCCAACAAGCUUGCGGGGCGCCUCGACGAUGCGCGCGUUCGUCGUGUCACCUUCAUGCUCUGUGUUCCUGGCGUCUACCCUUACUUUAGCACGCUGCGUCGAUCGCCUGAGGGCAAGUGGGCAGAGGAAAUGGCUAUCCGCAACAUCGAACCCGCGCUCGCGUACCAGCUUGAGCUCGACCGACUCACUCAAAACUUCCAAAUCACCCCGGUCCCCGUCCCCUCGUCGACGAUCCACCUCUACUUUGCACGUGGUAUCGCCAACCCUUCGGACGCGAGGUUCUUUGUCCGCUGCCUUGUCCGCCCUGGCCGCAGCACUGGCGACCUGUCCGGAUACCUCGUUGCAGAGAGUGACCGCAUCAUCAAUGACAUUCUCAACAUCAUCGAAGUCGCGCUCGGUAUGCCCGAGUACUCGACUGCCGAUGCUUCGCAUAUCUUCAUGUCAUUCAUCUACAACCUGGAUGUCAGCCUGCAGGAUGUCCAAGCGGCGUUGUCUGGCUUCAUUGAUCGUCACGGCACGCGCUUCUUCCGUCUCCGUAUCACUGGCGCCGAGAUUCGCAUCGUGAUCAAGGAGGAUGGCGAAUACAUCCCGAUCCGCGCGUUCAUCACCAAUGAGACUGGUUUCGUUGUGCGCUACGAAGCCUACGCUGAGAACGUUGCCUCCGAUGGCACUGCGCUGCUGCACUCUAUCGGCGGGUCCAGCGAUGCAGCUCCUCUGCACCUGCAGCCGGCGCACGCACCGUACCCCACUAAGGUCGCUCUGCAAUCUCGCCGUUCUCGUGCGCAUGCUCUACAGACCACUUUCGUCUACGACUUCAUUGAUAUUUUGCGUCAGUCCGUUCGCCACUCAUGGAAGCAAAGCGGUCUUUUGCAGCGCCCUGCGGAGCCGAUUAAGUCCGUAUCGGAGUUGGUUCUCGAUGACGCGGGUAUUCUCAAGGAAGUGAAGAGGUUGCCUGGCAUGAACACCAUUGGCAUGGUCGCCUGGAUCAUCGAGUUGCUCACUCCAGAGUACCCGGAAGGUCGCUGGCUUGUGUUCAUCGCCAACGAUGUCACCGUCCAAGCCGGCUCGUUCGGUCCGACAGAGGAUCAGCUCUUUGCCGCUGCAUCGCAACUCGCUCGCCAGCGUGGAAUUCCGCGUCUGUACAUUUCUGCGAACAGUGGCGCACGCAUCGGCCUCGCGACGGAAGUCAUGGAUCUCUUCAAAGUCAAGUUCAUCGAUGGCAGUGCAGAGAAAGGAUUCGAGUAUCUCUACCUAGACGAUGCUGCCAAUGCCGAGGUUCACAAGAAGGCGCCAGGUGCUGUCAUCACUGAGGCUCGUCAAGCUCAGGAUGGUGCCACGCAUCAUGUCAUCACUGAUAUCAUCGGUCUUUCCAAGAACGGCCUCGGCGUCGAGUGCUUGUCUGGCAGUGGUCUCAUUGCGGGAGAGACUAGCAGGGCGCGCGACGAGAUCUUCACUGUGACGAUCGUCACGGGUCGCUCCGUUGGUAUCGGCGCUUAUCUUGCGCGCCUAGGUGACCGUGUUAUCCAGGUGGAGGGUUCACCAUUGAUCCUUACCGGAUACCAGGCGCUGAACAAGCUUCUUGGUCGCGAAGUAUACACCAGCAACCUCCAGCUCGGUGGUCCACAGAUCAUGUACCGCAAUGGUGUCUCGCACUUGCUCGCUGCCGAUGAUCUCAGUGCAAUGCGUCAGGCCGUUCAGUGGAUGAGCUUUGUGCCGGCACGCAAGAACGACUUGCUACCACGCUUGCUCACUAGCAACGACUCCUGGGACAGGCCGAUCGGAUACUCUCCUCCCAAGGGCCCAUACGACCCUCGCUGGCUCCUCGCUGGCAAGGAGGAGGGUGACUCGUACCUUUCUGGUUUCUUCGACAAAGGGUCAUGGCAGGAGACGCUUGGAGGCUGGGCCACUUCAGUAGUUGUCGGACGUGGCCGCCUUGGCGGUAUCCCGAUGGGCGCUAUCGCAGUCGAAACCCGCACUCUUGAGCGCGUCGUUCCCGCUGACCCAGCCAACCCUUCAUCGCAAGAGCAGCGGAUCAUGGAAGCAGGCCAAGUCUGGUACCCCAACUCCGCUUACAAGACCGCACAGGCCAUCGUCGACUUCAACCGCGAAGGUUUGCCGCUCAUUAUCUUCGCAAACUGGCGUGGAUUCUCUGGUGGCCAGCAAGACAUGUUCGACCAGAUCCUGAAGUACGGUUCGUACAUUGUCGAUGGUCUCACAUCGUACAAGCAGCCCGUCUUUGUGCAUAUUGUACCAAAUGGAGAGUUGCGCGGUGGUGCCUUCGUCGUCGUCGACUCGAAGAUUCAUCAGGAGGGGCUCAUGGAGCUCACCGUCGAUGAGACUUCGCGUGGUGGUGUGCUGGAGCCUGAGGGCAUGGUCGAGAUCAAGCUACGUGCUACUCAACAGCGUUUGCUCAUGGAGCGCAUGGACCCACAGUAUCGCGAACUCAAACAGGCCGGUUCGGAUGCCGCGUCUCUCAAGAAGCUCGCUGCGAGGGAAAAGCAGCUGGCACCAGUCUUCAACUCCAUCGCUGUCGCCUAUGCCGAUGCACACGACCGUGCAGGCCGUAUGCUGCACACUGGUGUCGCUCGUCAAGUGCUGAGCUGGACCGAAUCGCGUCGCUACUUCUUCCAGCGUCUUCGUCGCCGACUCCUUGAGGUUCGCUUCGACCGUAAAUUGGCGGAGGCUAACCCUUCUCUGUCAGCUGCCGAAAGGAAAAACGCCCUGCUUUCGACAUUCCAGCUGAAUGAGCAGCAAAGCGAUGCGGCUGCUGCAGACGCUCUCGAGCGUGACGCGGGCACGAUUGAUGCUCUGGCUACUUCGCUGAGGGAGCAAAGCCUACUGGCGCAGCUGCAAGCUCUAUCGCCCGAGGCUCGUGCGCGUGUUGCGGCCAAGCUAUCUUAGAGAAAUCAAUACGAGCCAUCAAGUUGCACGGCAUUGCAUCCCACGUCACCAGUCUCUCAUCGCUCUCAUCCAAUUGUAAAGUCGAUCAUUGUCUUUUGUCCAUUUCUUGCCUUCGCCAAUAGAUAUUC